GCAACUCACCUUCCAACCCUUGCGCCUCUUUUCUCCAGUGCAGGACAGAGAGGAGGACCGAUGACAGGGAGAGACAUCUGGACAUUUUAAGGUCUCUCACUGUCCCUCUCCUUUCUCCCUCUGCUGCCUGCUACUGGAGCUUUUUCUUUUAUUAUUAUUAUUUUUUAAAUUUAAAUAAGCCUCAACACCACGGUAGCUCCGCAGAGGCAGAGCCGCCUGCGCGAGGCUCACAGCUGCGCUGCGUCCCCGGGUGCUGUGGUGAUGAGGCUGGUGGUGCACGGAGCCGGCCAGUGUUGAAGAAAAGAGCUCAGCGGCAGCAGAAAAAGAAGAAGACGAGCAGAAGAAGAAGAAGUGGCGAGUGUGCGAGAAGUGUUGUCAGCUAUCAUUUCCACUAUAAGGAUGCAUCUUCUCAGUGCCAUGUUCCUACUUGUGAUGUCAGCUGUCAUGCCUUGUCAGGCGCUGUACCCGAGCCCGGAGGAAGGCUGGCAGAUCUACAGCUCGGCGCAGGGCGCAGAUGGGAAGUGUAUCUGCACGGUGGUCGCGCCGGCCCAGAACAUGUGUAACCGCGACCCACGCAGCAGGCAACUCCGUCAGCUCAUGGAGAAGGUCCAGAACAUAAGCCAGUCCAUGGAGGUGCUAGACCUGCGGACCAACAGGGAUCUCCAGUACGUGAGGGAGACUGAAGGAAUGAUGAAGGUGGUGGAUGGAAGGCUGAAGGUGGCCUCGGAGAACCCCCGGAGUCUCAACCCAAAAGGCUUUCAGGAGUUAAAAGACAAGGUGGGAGAGCUGGUCCGCCGCCUGCCCGUGCUGGAACAGUACAAAUCCGACACCAAGAUGAUCCUGCGCCUGCGAGAGGAAGUGAGGAACCUGUCCUUGGUGCUGAUGGCCAUCCAGGAGGAGAUGGGCGCCUACGACUACGAGGAGCUACGCCAGAGGGUCCUGCUGCUGGAGACCCGCCUACACUCCUGCAUGCAGAAGCUGGGUUGCGGGAAGCUCACCGGCGUCAGUAAUCCCAUUACGGUGCGAGCGUCUGGGUCCAGGUUCGGCUCCUGGAUGACGGAUACGAUGAUCCCCAGCUCUGACAACAGAGUGUGGUCCAUGGAUGGUUACUUCAAGGGGCGUAGGGUCUUGGAGUACCGCACUAUGAGCGACUUCAUGAAGGGCCAGAACUUUGUCCAGCACCUCCUCCCGCACCCGUGGGCAGGCACGGGCCAUAUGGUCUACAACGGCUCGCUGUACUACAACAAGUACCAGAGCAACAUCAUCAUCAAGUACCACUUCCGCUCUCGGAGCGUGCUGGUGCAGCGCAGCCUGAGCGGCGCCGGCUACAACAACACCUUCCCCUACUCCUGGGGCGGCUCCUCCGACAUUGACCUGAUGGCUGACGAGAACGGGCUGUGGGCGGUUUACACCACGAUCCCCAACGCGGGGAACAUCGUCAUCAGCCGACUGGAGCCGCAGACUCUGGAGGUGUUGCAGACGUGGGACACCGGCUUCCCCAAACGCAGCGCCGGCGAGUCGUUCAUGAUCUGCAGCACGCUCUACGUCACCAACUCCCACCUGGCCGGCGCCAAGAUCUACUUUGCCUAUUACACCAACACGUCCAGCUACGAGUACACGGACAUCCCUUUCCAUAAUCAGUACUCGCAUAUCUCCAUGAUGGACUACAACCCCAGGGAGAGGGUCCUCUACACCUGGAACAAUGGACAUCAGGUGCUCUACAACGUCACACUGUUCCAGGUUAUUAAGACUUCUGGGGAUUGAGAGACCAUCUUAGACUGAUUCCAACACAUGCUGUAUACGAUGUUGAUGGGAGGGGGCCAGAGGGUACAAAUUGAAGUGAGGGGUAUUUAAGUGUCAAUGGCUUGUAUUUUUUAUGAAAUCUUCAUAGAGUGCUAUUAUUCACAAAAACACAGCAAGGUCGGUAACAGUACAGAAAAGAUUGAGCAUUUCUGUUUUUCUUUUUGUGAUGAGUAAGCAUGGUUCAUUUUAGUUGUGAUGAAAAAAUAAAUAUCAGUCUUUAACAUUUAUCACCUUGUGGUUCUUUGGACUAAAUCUAUAAAAAUGACUUUUAUCCAGGAGGAGACUGAAGACAGCGCAGCAAAAGUCGUAGCUUCUGGAAGGGGCUACAUUGCUUAUUCGUUCUCAUUCAUUUUCACAAGGGUGCUGGAGCCUAUACCAGCUGUCUUCAGGGGAGAGGCGGUGUACACACUGGACUGGUCGCCAGCCAAUCACAGGGCACAUAUAGACAAACAACCAUUCACACUCACAUUCAUACCUUUGGACAAUUUGGAGUCGCUAAUGAACCUAGCAUGUUUUUGGAAUGUGGGAGGAAACCGGAGUACCCGGAGAAAACCCACGCAUGCACGGGGAGAACAUGCAAACUAUACACAGAGAUGGCAGAGGGUGGAAUUGAACUCGGGUUUCUGGGCUGUGAGA